AUGAUGGAUCAGAGUCUCGCUCCCGCAAAAGAAAGGCCGCGCGCGCUUGGCCUCACUGUGAUUUACAUUGGCAUAUCCGCGAAAAUUAACGAGCAUCACGAUGCCGAGAUCGCUAUCGGAAUUCGAGACAAUAUGUACCUCUUGGACUGCCAUAAUGAGUACAUCCGACCGGACCAUGAGAACAUUGGAGAUGCCAUUACCGACCAUGUCAUCGAAUUUCUUCAGUUGCAUGAGCGCAGCAACAGGGUCAAGCUGAUUGGUGCCGGAAUUCCCAGUAAUCUCGUCAAGAUCACCCCUUCUCUCUGUUCGCGCCUCUGGCUCGAGCUCGACACUGUUCCAAUCGUUUUGCCUGUCCAUACUGAGAGCCACAAACGCUUGUGGGCAGCAAAGCACAUUGAUGAACAGGCCGAUUCGAUGGCCCGCCGAUGCAUCGCCAAUUUCGGCCCUUCCAUGACACCAAUACUUCGGGUUGGCUGGCACAGCGCGGUGCAAGCCAGUGCGACUGGCAGGAUUUGUCUCAACACUUUACAGGAUUACGAGGGGACCUGUUCGCAGAGAUCCUGGGAGACGCUUUCGUUCUAUGCAGAGAAGCUGCGAGGCAGAAAAACCAAGGUCGCAUUCUUCAGUGCCACACCACAGGGAGGAGGGGUUGCACUCAUGCGACACGCGCUCCUUCGCUUUUCUGAACUUCUCGGUCUGGAUAUAGCGUGGUACGUUCCCAAGCCGCGACCAAGUGUCUUUCGCAUCACCAAAAAUAUUCACAAUAUUCUCCAAGGUGUCGCCGAGCCCGACCAGCACGUUACUGCAGAGGACAAGGCUGCAGUAAUAGAAUGGAUCACCGACAAUGCCCAGCGGUACUGGCUCAACGAGGGCGGACCGCUUCGCUCACCGGAAGACGGUGGUGCCAAUAUUAUAAUCAUUGACGACCCCCAGAUGAUCGGCCUGAUCCCUAUCAUCAAGGAUGCCACAGUUCCCCGGCCAGUCCUCUUUCGCUCACACAUUCAGAUUCGCAGCGAUCUCGUCUCAAAACCCGGUACUCCUCAGGCCGAUGUCUGGAAUUUCAUCUGGAGCCAUGUCAAAAAGGCAGACAUUUUCAUCAGCCAUCCGAUACCCUGUUUCGUGCCAGAAACAGUACCUCCAGAAAAGGUUGCAUAUCUACCCGCUAGUAGUGACUGGUUGGAUGGCUUGAAUAAAGACAUAGACCAAUGGGAUACUGGAUACUACAUGCACAAUUACAACACUCAAUGUCACGGGCAGCGCAUGACUGAGCUAGAUUGGCCUGAUCGAAAAUACAUUAUCCAAAUCGCGCGCUUUGAUCCAGCCAAAGGGAUACCAUCCGUCAUCGAUGCCUACGCCGAGUUUCGCCGUCGUUACACGAAUGCGGGGCUUCUUGACCCUCCUCAGCUCGUCAUCUGUGGUAAUGGCUCUGUCGACGAUCCCGACGGCGGUAUAGUCUAUGACCAGACCAUGGCCCGGAUCGAGACCAAAUACCCGCAUCUACAAAACGACAUUAGCGUUAUGCGACUAGAUCACAAUGACCAGCUGCUCAAUGUUCUCCUCAGCAAUGCACAUGUCGUGCUACAGCUCUCCAUCAGAGAGGGCUUCGAGGUCAAAGUGUCAGAGGCACUCCACGCAGGCUGUCCCGUCAUCGCUACUACUGCCGGCGGCAUCCCGCUGCAGGUCACAGACGGUAUAACUGGCUACCUUGUACAGCCGGGCGACUGGAAUGCUGUUGCAGGCCAUCUGAUGGAUCUUUUCGCCUCCGAGGAGCUGCAUGAGAUAAUGUCACAUGCCGCGAGGACGAGUGUGAGCGACGAGGUUGGUACCGUUGGCAAUGCGCUCGCGUGGUACUUUCUAGUUUCCAAAUUUGCAGAGAAUGGCAAAUUUCACCCAAACGGCAGGUGGGUGAAUGACAUGGCCCGAGAAGAAGCCGGCAAGGCAUAUCUAGAGACAGAGAGUUGCUUGAAUCGUCAGUUUACUGCCGCUCGACUCAAUUGA